AUGGCACCCAAGUACCCCGAGUUCGAGCCACAGGGCGAUAGCUUACGACGAUGGAUGGAGCGUGCCGAUGAGCCCCAAUGCCCUAUUCCUAUGACUACACUUACUGUUGCAGACAUCGAUCCCAAUGUCUGGCAUGUCGCUUGGAACCCGAAGUCCCUUACAGGCAAAUGGGAGUACUGGGCCGAUAUUUUCGGCCUGACAAUUGAUGACCCAGCAAGCAACCAGGAACCUAUUUAUCGAUUCCAAUCAGUUGUCAAAAUCAAUGGCGAGUUUACCUAUUGGAUAGGGCGAACGGGACCCGGCGUUAUAUUCAUGGAUAAUAUCAAGAGAUCACAGAAUCCCACGAAUUUUUACAUGUCCGAAUUUGCCAAGGCUUUCUAUGAGUCGCACUUGCCCUUGGAAAGCCUAAAGUAUGUCUUUGUUACUACUGUCAUUCAAAAGGAAACCGUCCCCUUCAUUCGGGAUCAUAUUUACAAAUCCCGGGAGGGGCUUAGGUUUCCACCUAAGGAGCCCCAAACUUGGGAGUCUCCUUCGCCGGAGUUUUGCGGUAUUCUUGGUACUCCCAUUGGUAAAGUUGUCGCGGCCUUUGUCUUGUGUGCAUAUGGUCAGGGCGUCAAACGGAUACCACGGAUCGUGACAUUCCAUAGCGGCGAAGACUGGAGUGAAUAUAACCUUCGGUUUGAUAUUGAGGAUGUCUGA